CAGUAGCGGAAGUGGCAAAUUUUAUGCGUUUAAAUAAUGCACUUUUGCAUAUUUGCCUGUUUCUCGGUUUUGUAAAAUGUCGCGAUGUUUUUGUUCUUUUAGUCUUAUUGCCUGUUUCUUUGCAUUAGUACAUAUUCGCAUCGUGCACAGUCAGGAUAAUUCGUGCACUUUCGACGGCGGGUCAGUCCCUAGAGCAAAUCUUAUCCAGAAAGUGGAGGAUUCGUUUACUUUUACUGAUGAGCAGUACCUGUCAGAUUUUCAGAAAUGGGGUGUUUUUUGCUGCAAUAAUGCAGCGGAAACGUUCACUGCGGAUUUAAAUUCUAAUAUUGGUUGGUCACCCACAUCCUGUAAUAACCUCAACGCACCCGGCAAUGUUGAACUAGAAAUCCGUAAAACAGCGGAAGCCUGCAACCGUGAUGGUGUUCCCGAUUAUAUUGUCUGUGAAAUUUAUUUGCGCGGGAACUUGUCACGGUAUUUGGAUCGCAGGAGAGAAUGUACCUACAGUCCGGUGCCGCUGCUAUCCUGCUCUAACGGGCUGCGGGGUGGUACCCUUGCCACUUCACCAGAAGUGAAGAUCAUAGAUCAAAAUACUAAACCACAAUGGAGUGCAACUUCCGAGGUAAACCUGGAUGUUUCAGAGCACCAUUCGUUAAGCACGUUACUGAUCAAUCCGGUAGAAAAUCCCAAUCUUUACGUAAUAGAACCGAACGAUAUUUGGGGAUCUGCGAACUGGAAUAUUUCCCUCAGUUUGGUUUAUGACAAUGUGCCCUUUCCAAUGGAAAUUGAUUAUGCUCGCACGAUAUACCCGAAUCCGAAUCCAGCGAAUCCACUUCCAGACCGAACGAUACCGGCCAUUCGAAUUAGCCGAAGAAUUGCGUAUACCGAAUGUUCUUCAGUGAAUCCCCCUUGUGUUUUCACUGCCCAGCUGGUGGCUACCGACGGAAACGGUUUGACUUCUGCGAUCAGGUUGAGACUUUCCGUUGUCGACGAAAAUGAUUUACCGCCGUUGUUUGAGCAACCGUAUCAGGAAUUUGUCAUCGACGAAGAUAACGAAUUGGAACCGAUUUUCCCAGUUAAUAUGCGAGCUUACGAUCAGGACACCGGAAUUAGUUGUCCUCUCGUGUAUUCCGUUAGUGCCAGUGCGCCUUACUUUGCAGUAGACGCAAACGGUCAACUGAGUCUCAACAGCGCUCUUCCAGAGUGGUCACCAAGCGGAACCAACAUCUUCACCGUCAUAAUAACCGCAACAGAAGACGAAAGCAGUGGGCCAAAAUGCAGCAGCAAGAUGGUAGCAACUGCCACAGUUGUUGUGAAACUUACAAGUCCACGCAGUGUUCCGGCAGAAAUUUCUACAGAACCAGACAUCAUUACCGCUAAGAAAUUUGUCGCCUCUCAAGAAAGUCUUGGACAAAUCAUCGUGCGACGAAAUGGACAACCGGUAGAAAAUGUCAGAUUUGCCAUGAGCAGUGGCGAUGAUUUUCUCGUGGACCAAUUUAACGGGACAUUGUAUAAAAAGGAAGGCGUACGCUUGGUGAACACAUCUGGCGUUGUAGUCAUCGUAACCGAUGAAGAAAAUCGCAAUCUGGGAAACAUUAAUGUCGUGGUAACCGUUGAUCAUCCGCCGACACCGCAGUUCAGUCAAACUCUGUAUGAAACGGAUAUUUACGAUGGUGAUGAGCUUGCCCUGAAUGACAUGUUCACAGAAAAGCCAGAAGGCUGCGAGAUGACCAUUUCCGCAGACGAUGGACCGGUUCCCGAUGCAAUGAGUGUUAUAACCAGUGCGGAAUGGUUGGAUUGGGUGACUAGGACAAAACGCUACCGGUCGGUUUAUACUGCAGUCUGCCGUGUUACCGACACACCCUUAAUGACCACAGCGAAACUUGCAGUUAAUUGGCAUCCUCAACCAGAAUUUGAUUUGCAAGCGUACUCGUCACUGACCAUCAAGGAGAACAGCACUUAUCCUUCCGUUAUUUCGGUUCUUUCCCCGUUACAUAACUUUCCAUACCCGCUGACCUUUCAGAUCCGAGACACUGUUCCUGAAUUCAUUAUCGAUGAGAACGGAAGACUUUCGUUAGUCCAACCGCUUAACUUUACAGGCCAAUCAAGUUACAAUUUCGAAAUUGUCGCGCAAGAUGGCGGUAUCUCCAAAGUGAUUCCGGUUUUUAUUCAAGUUCUUCCGCAUGUACUUACGCCUGCAACAUGGAUGCAUUUUGUACCAACAGUCAGCUGUGGCGCAAGUGUAGCACUUCCGGUUGAUAUCGGAGAAGAAAAUCAUACAGAUUUGGAAAUAAGAGUAAUCGGAGCGAAUUCCGAGUGCGCGACCAUAUCGGAUUUGAAUGGUCAUUUUAAUCUAUUCGUCGAAUUCACUCCAGAAUGCGGCGUAAAUUUUUCAUUAGUUUUGCUUCUGACAGUUAAAGGAAAGGACUACGAGGAAACGGUUGUUGUCGAUGUCGUAGGAUGUCCCGCAGUUGUAGAACCCAUGUUUGCCGAAACUUUCCAAGAAACUGAUUUUUAUUUCGAUUCGUUAAGUCCUGUUCAGUUUACCGGUGUGGAAAAUUGUACCGAUUGCACGUGUCGAUUUGUUAGCCCGAAUGUUCCCAGCGAAGUGCAGUUAGAUCUUCGUACCGGUGUUGUCUCAGUCAGCAGAAUUCCGUCGUCCGUUUCUGCCGAUUUAGAUUACGAUUCAGCAUUUGUUGUUGAGUGCACAAGCUCUUCCAGCUCCAAAAGCGCUAGUACCAAUAUCCGAAUUAAGUGGCAUCCCGUACCGGCAUUCCCCAUUAGCCCACUUGAAGUCACGAUUGCGGAUGAUACGCUCAACGGAACGAUUGCCGAAUCGCUUCGACCUCGUCAGCAUUUCCCGUAUCUGUUGCAGUACAGCAUACAGAAUUCAGGAGUUCCAUUUGUCAUCGAGAACGGCAAUCUUGUCUAUAUGACAUCUGAUAAUUCACCUUUGGAACAGUCUUAUGCGCUUAUUAUUGACGCCGGAGAACCCGGUCAUCUGCCGGCCAGCAUUCUCGUCAACGUCCGCGUGAACUUUCCCUUUCAACCAGCAAAGUUUACGGAGUCCGUUUUAGACUUCCCGUGUGAUGGCACAGAACGAAGCAUAAGUGUGGAUAUUGGAUUCGAAGUGUGGAAUGACAUUCGUUUUGACGUUGUCACGAUUCGCCAGGAAUGCGUGAAGUUAGACUUCAGUGUAGCAGGAAUUCUGACAGUCACACCAAACACAAACGGGGUUUGUGGAUCACAAUUUGCUGUUGCAAUUGAGCUACAGGGGCGAGAUGCUAGCUCAAAGGACAUCAUCGUGGUGGAAUUCACCGGUUGUCAAAUUCCCUCAACGAUAGAAUCCGUUCCGAUAUUUCCCGACACCUUCUACGACGUUCACUGGUAUUUCGAUUCUCCAUCAUUUCUUAGUACUCCCGCCGUAACCAACUGCUCCGAUUGCACCUGCCGCUUGUCGUCUAAAAACAUGAGCGAAUCUCUCUCCAAUCUUGCCUAUGAUGCGAGUACCGGAAGCAUCAAUAUCACCCAACUACCCCAAGAUCCGCUACAGUACCUGACAACGGUAGAAAUGAGAUGCACCAGCUUAUCUAGCAGCAAACAGGCCGCCAUGAUUAUUCAGAUUUUCUGGCAUCCACAACCGGAGUUUCCAGCCUUCACCGCUCCCGUCGAAGUGUUUGAUAACGGAUUAGCUGAAAACAUUGUUACUUCCUUGGGUCCGCGGGACUACUUCCCGUACCCACUUACGUACACUAUACGUUUUCCGACAGAUAGCCCCUUUAAUAUUGAAUAUGGGGUGCUUAUUCUCCAACGUGAACUUCUUCCUCCAGGCAUCACUGAAUCCCUUGAGCACUCGCUUACCAUCGAUGCAGGGGAGCCUGGGCACUUGACCAGUAUUUCAGUAACAGUCAUUGUGUCUCAAUCAGGCGCUUCAGACACAACAAGCUCUACAUAUAGCAGUACUACCUCCACGUCUCAAUCCACAACAACAGUUUCCACCACCGGAGCGGAAAGCGGAUCCGGCACAACUACGGAUCCAAGCCCGCCCUCAUCGAGUUCUGAAGCAGUUGUUCCGGAACCACCGGGCCCAUCAUUUCCACAGGCAUUUUAUUAUCUUCACUGGUAUUUCGAUUCGGAAUUUUUCCGUACCACCCCAUCCGUUAGCAACUGUCCAGCCUGCAUGUGUGCCCUGUCUCCAUUGAAUGCAACUGAUCCGAUUCCGUCACUUCUUGAUUUCAAUUCAGAAACAGGCAGCAUCAAUAUCACCCAACUUCCGCCCAGCAUAACCGUUUUUGUCACCACAUUAAUGGUAACUUGUUCGGCGGGUGACAAGGAAGCCACGAUGGUGGUUCAGAUAUACUGGCAUCCACAGCCUAAAUUCCAGGUUUUCGACAAACCUGUCGCGAUUUAUGCCCAUGGUCCUGUUGACGUUAUGGUUGCAUCACUUGCUCCGGUGAGCUACUUCCCUUAUCAAUUGGCUUAUCAGAUCCAAAAUUCUUCGGCAAGUUAUCCAUUCAAGAUCUCUGAUGGCGCUCUUGUAAUGAAACGUGAGUCGUAUUAUUUGGACGAAUCCGAAUAUAGCGUUGACAUCCUUGCCGGCGAACCUGGACAUUUUAUCAGCAUUUUGGUGAACGUUAAUGUUACCCGUUCAGCGCCAUCUUUCCGACCAGCGACAUUUGUGCAAUCACUUGUACCGGCAGUGCAGUGCGAAGAUCCUGCUGUUGUCGAUGUACAGUUAAAUGACCAGAAAUGGGACGAGCUUCAGUUUGAAAAGUUCCUGGAUGACCGGCAUUGUGCUGCUUUGACUGAAAAGCGGGACGAGUCCACGAUCGUGAUCAAUGCACUAUCUAAUCCGGAAUCGACUUGUGGUCCUCAGUUUUCCGUCGUUAUCAAAAUGUCGAACAAAAUUACCGGUGAAGAAGUGGAUACGUCUGUGGUUACGUUUGUUGGAUGCCAAGCUGGAAGUACAUCCACGGUGCAUAAAGCUUCAAGUACACAUUCAACCACAUCAAACCCGGGUGAACCCAUUUUAACCAAUUCCACAGUCUCUACAACAAUAGGUUUACCCAACGAUACUUCUCCUACAUCUACUGAUACUACCAUCUCAACAACAGCCACAACAACUGCGACCGGAAUAGUGGACCAAAACAGCACGAUAUCGACCACUGCGACAACUGCAGGACCGCCGACAGGUGAUACUACGGACUCCACCACACCACCACCAACGCGACCUACAGCGACUCCAGUUGGAUCGCUCAAUCUUCUGUCGGCAUACACUAGCCAGUUCAACGACAGUGUUGGAAAAUUUUUCGAUUUCAAUCCAUCUUCGAAAGAGCUUCACAUCAAAGACCUUCCUGAUACCGAGUCAUUAUUUCACUUAGACUUCGCUCCCGAUACGUCGCGAUCGACCAGAACUGAUCAAAUUCCCCGAGCAGAAAAUUAUGUACUUUCUGUGCGAAUGCUAUCCGGUGCUACCAAAAUACCGGAAGCACCGGUUUUUGGGACUACGGAAAUUGUUCUUGUGGUAGUUGGAUCGCUUCUUUUAAUCGCGCUGAUUGUCAUUCUUGUCGGGUUUGUAAAAUUCUAUCGGCAGAGAAAACCCAAUGUGGCUGUGGAAGACAACGCACCAGCCGCAAUCACAAAGAGUAAUAUUGAACUGGCACACAGAACCACCGAACUGGACCGACCCAUCAUCGUCACGGCGGCGUCAUCGCGUUACGGUGGCACAGUGAACAGUUCACGUCACGGUGGCACAAUGAACAGUAUACCUAAUUUUGUCGAAUCACUGCGGGGGGAAAGUGAAACCGCAAGCGCUCGUAACCGUGCGGGAUCGGGAUCGAUGGAAUUCGAGCCCGAUCAGAUGCGUCUCGUGGAGAACGAAAAUCUGGAGCAUGAGAGUACGGACAGCAUCCUUUCUGGCGAAGUUAUCCAUAAUCCACCAUUCGAAUACGAACCCAUCACGGAAGUACCCUUAACGGUAGCUAACGACACGGAAGCGGAUAGCACGGUGAUUACAGAAAUCGAGCCCGAACCGGAACCGGAUUACGAGGUCACGGUUAUCCCGCCACCACCACCACCGCCCCCACCCGUUACAAUCGGUAUUCCUACUGCUGUACCACGUACGCCAUCCCAAGAUAAACUUCUCGAGCAAUCCGACCAAUCUGAGGGAGAGAAAUUCUUAAAUGAAUUAAAGACUGCGGUAGCCGAUCCGUAUAAAGUGCUGAAGCCGUUGGUCAAUGAGAAUGCGGUAAACGAACCGGAUGCCGAUCGGAAAGUCCGAUUCGGACCGGCUGUGGAAGUUAUCACCUCCCCGCCUGGGACACCAACACUUAUUGAAAACUCCUUGAAAAAUGAUGUUAUCAGUCCCCCUGUUCCAACCUAUUCCCCGAUGUUGAGCCACAAUCUGGCCAAAAACACGACACUGAUAAUGCCGUCGCCACCCAGUCCGGCGUACGUUUCACCGUUGAUAUUAGCAUCGCAAAAGGAACCGCAACCGGUUGUGACCAGCCCACCAGUGCCGAUGUACGUGUCUUCCGCAGAUAAGCGGUUGCAUCGGCAAGGAAGUGUCACCAGCCAGGAUGAAAUUGUUUCCCACCGGCAGAUUUCACGCGAUAUGAUAACGGAGCCCCCUCCACUGCCAUCGCCUCUCGCGCAAAUUUUCGGAGCCGAUAGUACUGCGGAAACAUAUGGUCAACCGGAGGACGAUGAAGAUGACAGUCGUACUGCGCUGUAAAGACAAUGUCCGCUACUUGCAUGCAGGCAAACGGGAUGGUGCAAAAGACAGUUCGGACCCUCUUCGAAGUUUUUACUGAUUUUGUAAACUUUUGUUAUUUUUUUAAACCGACCAGUGAUAUAUUGAGUCUUAUUUUUUUAAUUGGAUUUUUUUGCUGUACGUGUAGCAAAUGGAUAAUAAUGGAUGGCUUAUUUUUUUGGAUUGCAUUAUGCUUCGCUGUGUAGAAAAUGGAUUGAUAAUUUUGUAAGUAAUGAACGUUUAAAUUCCGGAUACUCCCA